AUGGCAACUCCAAAACACAAAAUCAUUGGCACCAAAGACCCAGCCAAAUCCUACACCGACCGCAAAUCCACUCGCGUCGUGGCCCUCAAACCCUCGGGCGAAGUCGCAAUAAUCUACGUCAAAAAAGGAAACUACUACAAGCUCCCCGGCGGCGGCAUCGAGGCAGACGAGAGUCCCACGGAUGCCGCCCUGCGCGAGGUCAAGGAAGAAACAGGCGCGACAGUUGUUCUCCGCAGCACCGACUACUUUGCCACGACUGAAGAGUUUCGCUUCCAGCAGCAUCAGAUUUCUUACUGCUAUUUGGCCGACGUUGUUGAUGAUGCGGGGGAGCCGUGUUUGACGGACGAAGAGCUUGCUGAUGGGUUUGUUCAGCAGUGGAUGACAGUUGACAAGGCCUUGGAGGCCAUGUCUGCGGCUGAACCAACGACGGAAUUCGGCUCCUUUGUUAAGGAGCGAGAUAUCUUUGUUCUAACUGAGGCUUUGAGACUCAUUGAAUUGUCGAGUUAA